UUAGUCUCCGGUCUGCCUGAGUGCGUUCAUGUGUUUUGGAGGAGGCGUGGCUUUGCAGAGUGAUUACGCAGGGAAGGUCUGAUGUCUUGAUAUUCUUCUUUCCUCUACCGCUUGACGAGGUGAAGAUCAUGUGAUCUCCAGAAGCUUCUCUCACAGAGAGAUUUCUUGGAAGGAAUUCUUGCUGCUUAUGAAAGAACAAAAAAUGGGGUGAGUGGAAAGAGAAAAGAGAAAGUGAAAAAAGGAGAGAGAGGAGGGAGAUGUGUGCCAGUGUGCAUAUGACUCGCUGUCUGGGGGUGAGAGAGAGACACACACACACGGACACACUCACACGCGCACUUAAAUACCAAAGAGAGAAACCCCCUUUCACUAAAACAUUCUCUAACACAAACACACAUCUCCAUUCACAGACUGCACCACUGCUGUACUUCUUAUUAGGACUGGACAUACACACAUAUUUACACACAUAUUAACUGUCUUAUUCUGCUCAUGGCUUGUGGGAUGCAACUGCCGACCUGGAGCGGACACCACUGGAGACUCAUCCAGCAUUUCCUCCAGAUGACCCUCCUGCUCUCCCUCCUGUGCCCACCCACAGAGCCUGUUCCCUGGGACAACGGCUCCAGCAGCAGCCCUGGAGAGGGCUGUGAGGGUUUCCAGGUGGAUGUUUGUGGUGUGUGUGCAGGAGAUGGGAGCACAUGUGAGCUGUUCAGCGGGACACUCUUUCUUUCUGUGCUCUCCGUUGGCUACCACAAGAUCCUGGACAUCCCCUCUGGAGCUCAACGAAUCAAAAUACAGGAAACACAGAAGACCAGGAACUACUUGGCUCUCAGGACAGUGACUGGUGACUCAGUGAUAAAUGGUGACUGGGUGAUCGACAGGCCAGGACAGUUCUACGCUGUGGGUACUCAGCUCACUUACAAACGACCCAACGAGAUACGCAGCAGAGCGGGAGAAUCCAUCACUGCCCCUGGCCCAACCAAUCAGGAGCUGCAUCUCUUUGUUAUUUAUCAGCAACCCAAUCUAGCAGUGUAUUAUGAAUACAUUCUACCUAAAGACCCCAUUACCGACAAUCAUUCAGAUGCAUAUUCUUACUCUAGUGUACUACCUCUGGUAGAGAGUCAUGGAAUAUUUCCUGAUCCUGGCAAUAGUGACAGUGAAAACUCAUUAAGCAGCUCUCAUCCUAACCAAGUUCCAUUGGACCCUAUAACCCCUGAACCAGUUCCUCUGUACAGCUGGCUUGCCAUUACAACAACACCCUGCAGUGCCACCUGUGGAACGGGCAGUCGCCAGGUUCUUUUUGGCUGUGUGGAAAGAGCCACUCAAACUACUGUACCAGGGGACCUCUGUAGCUUCACCAGUCAUCCUGGCCCUCAGGUAGAAGAGUGUCAAUCGCAGCCUUGCCCAUGCUCAGUGCCAUGUGGAGUAGGUCAGCGUAAAAGAGAAGUUGUGUGUGUGGAUAACCUGGGUGACAUUGUUGCUGAUGAGGAAUGCAAUAUGGCCCUUCGCCCACAGGACCUGCAGAAUUGUGACAAAGGAGUGUGUGCCAGCAGCUGGUUCUACUCUCUCUGGAGUGACAGGUGUUCUGCAGACUGUGCGGAAGGAAGUCGCAGCCGGUCAGUGGUGUGUAUGAUGAGUCAGACCAACUCAUUGCCUUUGGACAACUGCGACGAUGAGGAUAAACCUGACGAGCUCAUGCCGUGUGACCUGGGACCCUGUACACAGCGACUGGAAUGGUACACAGGAUCGUGGGGACAGUGCUCAUCUGAAUGUGGCAAUGGUACCCAGAGUCGAGGUGUGGUCUGUGUUGUCCAAAACAGUGGCCAGUUAGAAGUCACCUCAGAAGCCCAUUGCACUCAUCUGCCCCGUCCUCCGAAUGCACAGACCUGCUUUUUGAAGAGCUGUGGAUCACAGUGGUACAUGACGGAGUGGAGCUCAUGUUCUCGUUCUUGUGACGGAGGCUUUCGAGUGAGAGAAGUACGUUGUUUGCAAGAUGAUCUGACCAACAGCCAUGACUGUGAUCCUGCUCUUGAACCUGCAAACAAGGAGAAUUGUAACACACACACCUGCAUGCCACCGAUUGAUGAGUCCUGCAGGGAUAUGUACUCUAACUGUGUGGUGGUAGUCCAGGCCCGUUUGUGUGUGUACUCAUACUAUCGCACCACAUGUUGUGCAUCAUGCUCUCGGGUCACUCAGAGAGACACACUGCACAGAAUCAGGUGAUCUGGUUGUUCUUGGAAUGUGACACCACCGCUCUCCUAUCCUGAAUUAUGAUGUCCUUGUCUCAUCAUGGCAUCAUCCCCACCUGUUUUCAGCUGGAUCGGACAUCACUGUUCAUCUCCACCACUGUUCAAAGACUUACAGUAUAUGUUCACUGCCCAUCUUUUUUAAAACACAAAAUGACAAUGCUCCAUGAGCAAAUGAGUAUUUAUUGCAAAUAAAAACCAACCGAGCCU